AAUUUACAUGAAUACUUCACUUUAAAAAUGUGUCGCAGCACUGACAUCCACAUCAAUUAAAAGAAAAAGUGUUAGAAGGAUUAGGGAUAUUUUAGUUGAUGUUCAUAGUCUAGAUACAUUGGGGAUUAGUGCUCCUGUUCCUGUUCCUGUCCCUGUCACUGUCAAGAACAAACUUCAUUUUCGUUCACUAUGUCCUAAAACUCCACGCCGCAGCCGUUAUCUCGUCCGCCUCGGUUUAGUUUUUCCGUCCCCAUCCUUUGUACUGUGUUCAUAUUAAUUAUACAAGGGGUUGUAAAAGGUUGAGAGCUAAGGGAAAACGGUUAGUGGCAGAUAAUCUUGUUCUUCCAAUGGGAUGGAGAUUAUUCUCUUACAAUAGCCUCUCUUCGUCUCUGAUGAGGGUUGCAAAACCACAUAGGGUACCACUCUCACAAAGGUCAAAAAUAUUUUAUGAUUCAGGUCCAGUUGUACUGCAAAAUUGUUGUAAUAAUGCCUCUCUGCUGAAUUUUCAAGUAUUGAGAUCGUAUGCUCGUGGUGCACGCAAGCCCUAUGAUCUCUUUGGAAGUAGAAGACCAGGGGAUGAAGACUUUAAGAAAACUUGGGCAAAGGAAAUGGAUGAAGAUAACACUCUAUGGACAGGAAGUGAGAAUGAAAGUGAUGAAGAAAAGGAUUCAAAGAGUCGUCUUCAUAAAGAUAUUAGGAAAGCAAGGCAGCAAGCAAAGGAACAUGCUGAUCUAGUUGAUGCUGAUGACAGUGAUGAGUUAAGAAGUGUUUGGUCCGGCAGUGACGAGGAAAAGACAUUGUGGACUGGGGAUGAAAUGGACACCGAUGACGAUGUUCCUACAGAAGCUUACCCAAAUGAAAAAAGCGAUAAGUACAUAGAUAAGAUUUUCGAGUUUGAUGAAAUGCCAAAAUACAGAACCAUCUCUGAACUUUUGAAAGCCGAACAAGAACCUGAGGAGCUGUCGCCAGGAAAGCAAGCAAGGAAGAUUGCAGUUGAGAAUGCUUUGAAGAAAUUAAAGAAAGGUCCAGACGGGAGGUAUACAAAUGCAUGGGAAGUUAUGAGUGAUCUAGAUAUUCUAAUUGGAGCAUUUGAAAACGUUGUUUCGGGACCUGAGUAUGAAGAGCUUAGACAAGGGGGUCCUAAACAGCUAAAUAUUCAGUUUUUUAAGGACAUUCAAGCGCGAAUGAGAGAUCCAAAUUACAAAUUCUCACCUGAGUUAAAACUGAAACCGAAGAGUAAAUUUGUUUCUAGAAAGAAAUUUCAAAAGACAGAGUCUAGAAAAAGGAAAGCACGGAAGAGGUAAAGUUAUAGCAUGUUGUCUCAAAAUCGAAUUCAAAAGUUGAGCUUGUAGUGUUACUGUGCCUUUUAACUGUGUAUGCAACUUAAGAUAUAAGAGUAAUAUAUUGAAAUUGAUUGAUCUUUUGUUAUUUUUCCCUGAAAUGGUAUCCACUUAUGCCAUACAUACUGUUGUGGAAGUAAACUCCUAGAAACAGGACUUACCUUCAAAUUGUAGUUCAAAUUAUGUUUGGUUAGUUUUUUUAGAGUUUAGGGUUUAGGGUUUAGACCGGACGAUUUCUUUAUUCUUACAGAUGUCAAAGUUUGGUAGCUCAAACCUCUUACCAUUAGAACUUGUUUGGUAGUCAAGAUAAGAUAA